AUGUCGUCCACAUCCGCGUCGAGCCCCGAGCAGCUCAAAGAUGAGAUCAAGGCCAUAGAGACAAAGGCCGUCAACCAGACCAUUGCGCAGAUCCGCUCCCUGGCUGCUGGUGCGGCGGGUGGUAUCUGCGCCGUCGUCGUCGGCCAUCCCUUUGAUCUGGUCAAGGUGCGGUUGCAGACCGCGGAGAAGGGCGUUUACUCGGGCGCGAUGGAUGUUGUGCGCAGGACAGUUGCUCGUGAGGGCUUGGUUCGGGGUAUGUAUGCUGGUGUUUCGGCUCCGCUGGUUGGAGUCACUCCUAUGUUCGCUGUCAGCUUCUGGGGUUAUGACGUUGGCAAGACACUCGUCAGCAAAUUCUCCGAAGUGCCCGUUCACAACAACACCCCCCAGUACUCCAUUGCUCAGAUCUCCGCCGCUGGUUUCUUCUCGGCCAUCCCCAUGACACUGAUCACGGCCCCCUUCGAGCGCGUCAAGGUUUUGCUGCAGAUCCAGGGUCAGAACCCUCCCCCACCUGGACAGAAGCCCAAGUACUCUGGUGGUAUGGACGUUGUUCGCCAGCUUUACAAGGAGGGUGGCAUUCGGAGCGUCUUCCGCGGCAGCGCCAUGACUCUGGCUCGUGAUGGUCCCGGAUCGGCCGCCUACUUCGCCGCGUACGAGUACAUCAAGCGCACCUUGACCCCCAAGGAUGAGAAUGGCAACGUGACCGGCGACCUGUCCAUGCCCGCCGUUCUGGCCGCUGGUGGUGCGGCCGGUAUUGCCAUGUGGAUCCCCGUCUUCCCCAUCGAUACGAUCAAGUCGCGACUGCAGAGUGCGCCUGGCAAGCCCACCAUCGGCGGAACGAUUCGCUCCGUCUAUGCCAGCGGAGGCUUCAAAGCGUUCUUCCCUGGUUUCGGCCCGGCCCUGGCCAGAGCCGUCCCCGCCAACGCGGCUACAUUUGCCGGCGUUGAACUGGCGCACCAGUUCAUGAAGAAGCUCUUUGACUAG